AGAUAUACAAAAAGAUAGAGCCGCAAAUAUUUUUACCAAUGCAAAAAGUAGCAAAUAAAGAAAUGAUAUAAUGGCGUAUCAUAACGAGUAAACAUCCGUCAUGAAAUCACCAUAUUGUAUAAUUCCGGUAUCCUUCUACAAGAUACCGGAAAUUCUGAUAUUCGUUCGAGCAAUGCAUAGUGUAAAUUGAGAGAUGCGGGGCAAAUUAUCUGUAUUGUCGCCAUGUACGAAUGGAAUAACACCGCUUAAUAACGCGAGAAUCGCUUCCUUACGGUUUCUCAUCUAAAAAAUCUCAGCUUACUGCUUACUUCUCGUCCUCAAUUCAGUGAGCCUGGCUAACAUAUAACAGUUUGAAGUAUUCAACCAACUUUUAAAGCUACUUCAUAAGCACACUCCUUAUUUCCCCUCUAUCAACUCGUAUAAUAUGAAACCAUUUGGAUUUCUCAAAGGCUUCUUAAGUGUAUCCUAAAUUGGUAUGGCAUGAAGUUGAGUCCUUUGCAAAGGAAACAUUCGUAGCUUUUACUAAGCCAAAAUAUUAGGCAGAUAUUCUUGCACUGUUUGGUGAAUGUCAAAUUGUCUAUGAGCAAUUCCUUUUUUUACUCUCAACCUUUUAUUUUAUGAAAAUAGUCCCUUUUUUUUUUCUAUUUUUUUUUAUUCAUUAUGUACCGAUAAAAAUGCCAUCACAUUGUUAUAAAUAGAAAGUUACGCUUGAACUUUUUCAUCCCCUUUUUAUUAAAGAUACCCGACGCUUUUUAUUGCUAUAUUUUAUGAUGCAAAGUACUUCCCCACUUCAUCGGACAAAGGACGAAAGAAAGGUGAACAUCAAUUUGUAAAAGAAGGAUCUGAAAUUAUAAAAAAGGACAAAAAAAGUACACAAAGGUGAGUAGAAUUUUUUAAAGACAGUGCUACAAGAAUGAUCCUCAUGAUUUCCGAGGGAAUGAACCUUCAGUAAAUCGCAGUCCAAUUUUGAGAAUGCGAGUUCCUAGACAGUUCCUCAAAGAACCAUCUGGAACUAGUACAUUAAAACUGAUACUGAUACUAUAGACGGAAAUACAUUAAGGUUCUUUCCAUUCCAUCCUUUAUUAGUCCCAAAAUGGAGACUAUAUUAAAGUUCGGUAUGAACAUACUCCGCAUAUUCUUUUUAUUCCUAUAGGGCAAAUAGCUCAGGAGCUAUGUAACUUCUCCACUUUUAAAUAUCGGUUACUUCAAUGAACGCCAUUCUAUAGGCCUUAAACUACAUCAUCCAACAGUAUGGUCAUGGGGGUUGAUAGUAAAUCAUGAAUAGUCAAAAUGCUAAACGAGAUCCAAUUGGUUGCAGCGUUCAUCACUCCGCUAAGUUUGGUUUUUAAACUUUUGCAUCCCAAUUUCGUUGACGCCGAUGAUCAAAACAUACAUAUAUAUAUAAGGUUUGAAUCAUUAGUGCGUUUGUCUUUCUUUCAAAAUCUUUUACAUUUUUCGUUAAUUAUCUACCUGGUGUUGUUUUAGUUUUUAGUUUUUUCGUGAAUUCACUGUCUGUGAUUUAUCAUUUACAAUCCUUAAUGAAGUCUUCUUUUUGAGCCUGGUUCAUUUUUACUGUCUUGUCUUAUAAUUUUUGUUGUUUUCAUUAAUUAUUUAUAGCAUUCAGUGCGUUUUCUAACUUCCCAUAAAAUGAGAAGAUAUAUCACAUCGGUAUUGGUGGUGUUCAUCUCUAUGGCCGGAUGGCUAGGUGGUGCUGAUACUGGUUCAAUCAGUGGAAUCCUAAAUAUGAGAAAUUUUCAAACUCGUUUUUCCGAUCGUUAUGAUCCUUCUAAAAAUACCUAUUCUUAUACUGCUGCUCGUCAAGGUCUUUUGACGGGUAUGGUAAAUGCUGGCUGUCUUUUCGGUGCCAUGAUUUCAUCUCCCUUCACUGAAAUCAUAGGAAAGAGGAAUUCCAUUUGUUUUUUUAGCGCUUGUUAUAUUAUAGGCCAGGUCGUACUAAUUUCGUCAGUACAUUCUUGGGUCCAAAUAUUAGUUGGAAAAAUAUUUGUAGGUCUAACAAUCGGUGCAUUGUCUGUACUUAGUCCAAGCUAUCAGUCUGAAGUUGCUCCGCCCCAAAUCCGUGGAGCAAUCGUCUGUACUUAUCAGGUAUUUCAGACGUGUGGUACAUUGGUGGCAGCUUGCAUCAACUUGGGUACUCAUAAACUCAGUGGAACAGCUUCUUGGAGAACCUCCUUUGGUAUUAACAUGCUUUGGGGAGUUUUUCUUAUGAUAGGUGUUCUUUUUCUUCCAGAAUCCCCUAGAUACCUCAUUUACAUUGGAAAAGAAGACAAAGCUCUUCAAGUAAUGUGCGAGACUGCUGAGCUCAGUCCGGAAACAGAAAUAAUUCAAACAAAUUUUAAUACUAUCAGGAGUGAUAUUGAAACUGAGAUGGCCGGCGGUAAAGCAAAAUGGACCGAGAUACUUGGGGCCGAAAUACGAUACCGUACUGCACUUGGAUUUUUAACUAUGUUUUUAAGAGAACUUAUUGGAAAUAACUAUUACUUUUAUUACGCUACACAAGUAUUUAGGGGAACUGGAAUGACGAGUCCUUACCUUCCUGCAGUAAUUUUGGGUGCAAUCAAUUUUGGUACGACUUUUUGUGUGCUGUAUAUUGUGGAUCGAGUUGGAAGACGGUUACCUCUUAUCAUAGGUGCCGCUUUUCAAUCUAUUUGCUUUUUUAUUUACGCGGCUGUCGGUGACAGGAAACUUUAUAAUCCAGACGGUUCUUCGGAUACAAGAGCCGGUUCAGCUAUGAUCAUCUUCUCAUGUUUCUUUAUAUUCUCCUAUUGUUGUUCUUGGGGACCUAUAGGAUGGGUGAUUGUUGGUGAAACGUUUCCAAUUCGAUAUCGUAGUAAAUGCGCGGGUGUUGCAACCGCCGGAAACUGGCUAGGUAACUUUAUGGUUUCUUUUUUUACCCCUUUUAUAUCCAAUGCUAUAGGCUUCAAAUUGGGUUAUGUUUAUGCUUGCAUUAAUGUUCUUUCAUCAUUCCAAAUAUUCUUCAUGGCGAAGGAAACGAAAGGUUUGACUUUAGAAGAGGUAAAUGAUCUCUACCUUUCUAAUGUUAAGCCCUGGAAUUCCUCUAAUUAUAUUAAAAAAAUUAAGGAAAGUCAUACGAACUUUAGUAAAGAAGAAGAAAGACGAGAAAGGGAGAAAUCCAAGGGAGUCCGAAAUGAAGAGGAAGAAUUUAUUGAAAAUGCCGAUGCUAUUAAUUCCAAGGUUUAAGAGCUUACUUACUUCAUUCGGCCUAGAUAAUUGUGCUCAUCGUUAUGUUGGUAUGAAAUCUCUAAUGAUUCUUCAAAUUUCGUUAUGAUACUAUUUUUAUGAUACCAAAAAUUUGGAAGCAUGAUGUGUGUUCCUUUAUACACGUUUUAGUGAUGCGAACGCGCCGGUAAGCUUUAGUAUAUAUACCCCGGGAUACUUUACGAAAGCUAAAUUGUUGAUUGCAAACAGCUAAGACGUUUCAGCUAUUCUUGUAUUUUUGACUGUUUAUUAAUGUAAUGAAAUACUUAUGCUAAGUUCUUUUUACGUUUUCUAUUCACGAUGUCUUAUUUAGUACCUUGUGGAUGAUCUUGUGUUAUAAUUGGAGCAACUUGUUUGUCUAUUAUGGCUGUCUUAGAAGGUUUCUUUUUCAUAGACAGCGACAUUUGUCCAAGAAUUAUUAAUACCCAUAGAUAAAUUUACAUACAUAUACGACAUUGAUUAUAAAAAGUAAUUUUUUAAGGGUGUUAGGUAAAUUGAAUGACGAAAACACGAGCAAUUGGAAGUUAAAAUUCGAAAGACCAUUUUUUCUCUCAGUAUGGUUUGAUAGAGAAAUUAUUUUUAUAUGAUACUUAUACUGAACAGCUUAUACUGAUCCAGCAGUUUAAUUUAUUCAUUAGAAG